AUGACGAAGGACCAGAAUGGAACCUGGGAGAUGGAGAGCAAUGACAACUUUGAAGGCUACAUGAAGGCGCUGGACAUCGACUUCGCCACCCGCAAGAUCGCAGUGCGCCUGACCCAGACCAAGAUCAUCCAGCAGGACGGCGACAACUUCAAGACGAAAACCAACAGCACGUUCCGCAACUACGACCUGGACUUCACCGUGGGCGUGGAGUUUGACGAGCACACCAAAGGCCUGGACAACCGGGUCGUUAAGUCACUGAUCACCUGGGAAGGCAAUGUCCUCGUGUGCGUGCAGAAGGGGGAGAAGGAGAACCGCGGCUGGAAGCAGUGGGUGGAAGGGGACAAGCUAAUCCUGGAGCUGACGUGCGGUGACCAGGUGUGCCGUCAGGUGUUCAAAAAGAAGUGA